AUGGAGGAAGGAACGAGAUAUGCAUCCGAAGCACGCCUCUACACCUUCUCGCCCGAAACCAAGACCGCACUGCGCAAGUUCCGCCUAGGAACCUCGAGAGCAAAGGACCCUCAGGCCGUAAUCUACCAAAUCGACAAAAAGACCCUCGAAAUUUCAAAAGCAGAUGAUGAAGUCUACACCGAUCUAAGCCUACUGGGCGAAGAACUGCCCGACCACUCGCCCAGAUUCAUUCUCCUCAGCUAUCCUUUGACAAUGGCAUCCGGCCGUCUAUCCGUUCCAUACGUCAUGCUAUACUACCUCCCCGUCACCUGCAACAGCGAGCUCAAGAUGGUCUACGCCGGUGCAAAAGAGUUGAUGCGCAACCAAGCAGAAGUCGGCCGCAUCAUCGAGAUCGACAGUGUUGAAGAGUUGGAAGAGAUUGAAGAACAACUCAGAGGAGAAGAGUAGAACGGAUCGGCUAUAUCACAGUAUGGGAUGUUGAUACCAUGAAAGAUGGCGCUGCUGUGCUUCGGUCAAAAGGUCCGCGGCCACCACGAGCCUGCAAGACGACGAUCAUACACCUUGAUGGAAAUAGAGCGUUGGACAGAUCGGCCGAGAUAACCCUAGAUUCCCCACAUGCGUGUGUACUUGAAUCAGGAUGUGUGAUGGUUCG